CCCUCCGUUCCACAUCCUCACCAACAAUGUCUCCCGUUGCCCUUCCCACUCAGCACGCAGCCGUCCUCCAUGGCGCAAAGGACCUCCACUUCGAGGAGCGCACCCUCUGGCCCCCACACCAGGGUCAAGCCCAGGUCGCCGUAAUGUCCACUGGCCUUUGCGGAAGCGACUUGCACUACUACGCACACGGACGUAACGGAGACUUCGUCGUCCAGGCACCACUCGUCCUCGGCCACGAGGCCGCAGGCAUUGUCACCGCCGUCGGCCCUGGUGUCAAGAACCUCGUCCCUGGCCAGCGUGUCGCGAUCGAGGCCGGCAUCAUGUGCAACAACUGCUCGUAUUGCGCAAAGGGCCGCUACAACCUCUGCAAGAACAUGCGCUUCUGCUCCUCCGCAAAGACCUUCCCCCACGCAGACGGAACCCUCCAGGAGCGUAUGAACCACCCCGCGCACGUCCUCCACCCAUUACCCGACAACCUCUCCUUCGAGCAGGCUGCCCUCGCAGAGCCCCUCUCCGUGCUUAUCCACGCCGCACGCCGCGCCGAUUUCACGCCCUCAUCACAUCCCACCGUCCUCGUCUUCGGUGUCGGCGCGAUCGGUCUGCUCGCCUGCGCCCUCGCCAAAUCCUACGGCGCGUCGCGCGUCGUCGCUAUCGACAUCAACCAGACGCGCCUCGACUUCGCGCUCCAGAACGGCUUCGCCCAACAAGUCCACUGCCUGCCGAUGGGCGAGCGCGCAAAGUCGACGGAUGAGCAGCUCAGGCGUGCAAAGGAGAACAUCUCCGCCGCGCUCGCCGAGUUCAACAUGCCCGACGGCUUCGACCUCGUCUUCGAGUGCACCGGGGCCGAGCCGUGCAUCCAAAUGUCUAUCCACGCUGCGAUCACGGGCGGGAAGGUCAUGCUCGUCGGUAUGGGCUCGCGGAACGUCACGCUCCCGCUCUCCGCCGCGGCGACGCGCGAGGUCGACAUCCACGGCUCGUUCCGCUACGCGCACACGUACCCGACCGCGCUCGCGCUGCUCGCCUCGGGGAAGCUGCCCAACAUCGAGCGCAUCAUCACGCACCGCUUCGCGCUUGAGGAUACCGCGCGCGCAUUCGAGCUGCUUGCACGCGGACGCGACGACGAGGGCCGCAUGGUCCUCAAGGUCAUGGUCGGCGCGCAAUGAUCGUAGAGCGAGCGACACCUCCUAUGCCUUCAUAGACUGCAGCCCCAUCUCCCUGCCCUCUCCGCGCUCCCCCAUCUUCCCACUCCCUCGUGCUUUCCGCUGGAUUCGGCCCCCAACGCUACCCCCACGACGAGAAGACGAUGACGUUGCCCCCGCCGCGCGCGUGUAUAUUGCAGUGCACAGUGGGCCGGGGACGACGCGGCGCGUAUUAGAAAAAGUACUUUCGCCAGCUCGCGCGCGGUGCGGCGCAACGUCAUCCGCCCUUCUCUACCCCCAUUCGCCUUGUCCCUCCGCCUUCGCUGCUCCCGCCUCGAGGAUCCCGGUCCCGGUCUCGGUCUCGACCCCGCAUGCCCCCUGUAUUCUAGCUGGACCGCAACAGCGCCCCCCAUACGUGUAUCAUUACCACCUAAGUUUCUACUCACCCGCAUCCCCGGGCCUACGCCCGGGCUCUCCCUCCCGUGCGCCGCGUUGACGUCGACGCUUCCGGAUCGCCUACGACCCACGACCGCUAUGACCGCCCUUCUGCACAUGCCUACUCGUCCUAGUCGUUGCUACCCGACCGCACUGUUGUUGUUCAUUACAAUCGUAUCUAUCCGUAGUACACCCCCCAAUAUACCAGCACUC